AUGGAGCGCGGCGAAGAUGAGGAUUCCUCCACCUCUCUUGAAAUGUUUCAAGAGCCUGUUGAUUUCUACGAGCCCGAGAAGCCGCCGACCUUUACGAGCUACACCCUGAAAACCGGCCAGACACUCUCGCUUCGGCUUGGUCAUCUACUCUGGAAUGCGGGUCAAGUCAUGUCCAUGUAUCUCGAGCAGAACGCGAAGGCGCUCGUGCAGAACAAGACUGUCUUGGAGCUGGGAGCUGGGGCCGGCCUUCCUAGCUUGGUGGCUGCGAUCUUAGGAGCUCGAAGAGUCGUGGUGACAGAUUAUCCAGAUCAGGACUUGGUUGCGAACCUGCAAUACAACGUGGAGCAUUGCUCAGCUCUCCUCAACAAGUCGAACAUCGUAACGGAGGGUUUCGUUUGGGGCGGUCGGGUCGAGCCUUUGAAAUUGCAUAUCCUGCCUGAUGUUGAUGGGUUUGAUCUGUUGAUCCUGGCCGACAUUUUGUUCAACCACUCUGAGCAUGCAAAACUGCUGGCCACAGUCCGUGACUGCCUGAAAAAGACGAGCGAGUCGGCGGCCCUGGUGUUUUUCACGCCUUAUCGUCCUUGGUUGCUCGACAAAGAUCUCCACUUCUUUGAAAUGGCUCGGGCUGAAGGCUUUGUGGUUAAUAAGAUACUAGAGCAGACCAUGGAUAAAGUCAUGUUUGAAAAUGACCCCGGAGAUGAAGCACUUCGCAGAACCGUUUUCGGGUAUGAGGUCAAAUGGAAACUUUGUGACUAG